UGAAGGAAUUAAAUACGGAAUAUAUGUAUAUUUUUCUAUGGGAUACUUAAUUUUUACCCUCUAUUGAGCAAUCAACAAAUCCCUCCCAUUUUAGUCUAGGAAUAAACCCCUUUUGUCCUUGUGUACUAGCUGUUUUCAUCUCAAUUCCAUCAUUUACAUUUUUUCUUGCUUAUUUUAAACAUUGCAACAAUACCCUACUCUAGGGCACAAUUUGAAUUUCCCAUCAUUUUUUAUGGAUCAUAUAGGGUUUUGUGAAGGCAAUGGCAGUUUUCCUACCACUAAAAAGUUCCUUUAGUAACAUUAACAUGACAGACUAGUUUAUUAUUCUUGCAUCACUUCCUGGUCAACACAUGUUUCAUUAAAGGUGAUGGCUAACUUGAGAGAAAACAUUCAUCACCACUGCGAAUCGCGUGGCCGGAAUACCCUGGGAAGUGGUCUUAGUGGCUCGGUUAUCCUUUUUUUCAUAGGGGAAAUGCCAGCCUCAGAAUAUAUGAUCACAAACACACAAGACGGUGAUAUACAGUGAAGGUUUAUAGGUACCUAAUUGAAGAAGGUGGAUUUGUUUGGUUAAGUUGUAGUUUUUAGUAUUUUUUCUCUUUCCUCAAGGAUGAAUUUGUUUACAUUUUUUUAAUAUCGGUUUAUAAUUGGUAAAGAUGUCUCUGGAAUUUAAAUCUGACUGUAGUAACUUUGUAAUGUCCCUAACCCGGUUUUCAUAGCCUAGUUUGCCUGGGAAAAGCAGAUCUCUUUUCAGCACCGAUCAGCCAAAUUCAUACACGCACCCCUCAACGUAGGAUGCAUUUCUCUCUCAAUACAGGAGCUCCACACAAAUGAUCACACUCACUUCGCGUCCAAGCUCUGUGGAUUCAGCACAUGUCCUUCGCAAAACCACGAGUUAGCGGAUCAUGGUGGCCCCUUUGUUUGAGGUAAGGCUCAUUUCCUGGACUCGGCUUCAAGAAAACUCCAGAACGGUAGCCUGCGGCGCCGGCCACAGAAGCAACAGCCAAAGGACGCCUCGGGACAACUUCCUGCCCAGGCCGUGGACUUCCUCCAGUGCCCAGACAGCCUUUCUUGUUGUGACUCCAAUCGUCACCCACGCUCCCCCAGCUCCAUGAAUGGCCUCCUCAGAACCUUCAAGGUGAGUCUCGCUGAGAGGAUACCACACCCUGCCGGCAUGGUAUCGGAUCAGCAGGGCGUGGGUCUCCCGGAUGCCAUGUGCUUCCAGGCCAGCCAGCAGGGCCUCUCCAUAGCCCAGGGCGGGCCUCCGAGCACAGACGCGAACCCCACCAGCCAACGGGUGCGAGCCGGGUCGCGCGGGGAGGCCGUGUCGAGUGUCAUCGUCCGCAAUUGCGCGUUUUCGGCACCCCAAGCGGCCCCGCAGCUGGACCUCUCCCAGUCAGUCAUUCACGGGUCGCCCCGCGCCUAUCCCGACGAGGCCUCUCAACAACCGGCCGGGCCGCGACGGACCCCCGCGAAACUCAAGCACUCUAACGGCCUGCCCUCCGCCCCGGAGGCGCUGCUUCAGUUCGGCCGCGGCCCGCAAUGGAGCUCCGGUGCCAACGGCGGUCCGCCGUACGGGCUCAGCCAGGCCGAGAGGAGUCUGUCGCAGGCUCGGGCGCAGGACGGGAGCGGCUUCUACACGGAGUUUAUGGCCAGACACGCCUUCCCCACGCCGCAGGAGCAGAGCCCCGCUCAGCUGAACGGUAACCACCCCAGGAACGGCCACCUCGGCCCAGCGAGGAGCGGAGCCCACGCGUCAGGCGGGGUCAUCCAGUCCCCCGAGCACGGCCCUGCUGCCGAUGGCCGGCAAGCGUAUUUUCCCAAGCGGUCCAACGGAUAUUUAAACGGUCAGCUCAACGGGAACUACGGUGGCGGCGGCGCGCGUGAUGCAGGCAGCCUCAACGGGUCCUUUGUGCUGAAUAUUGCAGAAGGCCAGAUGAGUGAAGAGCGGCUCAUGGGACCCGUCAGCCUGCAUCACCCUGGGCGACCGUUGGCCCACAGACAACCGGCACAACCCGGAGGAGAUCUGCUGUGGGCCGGGGCCCCGAGCUUUCAUCCCUGGCCCGGCAAGAUGAAAAUGGAGGGGCCGUCUUAUCUCUGCAGUGUUGGUGAAAUGAUGCAAAGCAAGAUGGAGCCUGUGAGAUUUCACCAGACCUUGAAGGAUGACCUGAACACAUUGCACAAAGCUAAUGGUAUUCACCUGAGUGCUGGGGCAGUAGACGACCACAUGGAGGAUGCUUUGCACAAUGCAAUGGGCCAGUGGCACAAAUUUACAGCUAAUGUAGGCCUAGAUGGUGUACGGAAAGCCCCCAAAGCCAAAAAGAGGAAGAUCUUUAGAUGACAGGAACCUAUCGAGGGAUUUUAUUUAUUUAUUUAUUUUUGAUUCUCUUCAAAUGGAUGGAAAGCUCCCCAAUUGUAUUUUGUAUUUAAUAUGAGAAAAAUGUCUGACUUCUGUGAAGCCACGACAGUUUGUGGAAGUUUACAUAUUUGGCACUAUCCGGGGGACAAAACAACAUAAUUGUGUGAACUUGGUUGUUCUUGUGAGAAUCGUCAAAUUUGAACUACUGAAUACCUAGUUUCUUAGAUCAUGAAGAUGGUAUUCAUAUCAAAUGGUUAGAGGGGCUGUAGGUAAGAUUUGGUUUCCAUUACUUUGUCAUUGUACACACAAAUGCCAGAUCAAUACAUGUUAUAUAGCAAGAAUAACAUGCCUCUAAAGCUUUGAAAUAUUAAAUGAUAUUCAAAAAACAUGUGUUGCUUUGUUUACUAAAUUGCCACAUCCCUAUAGCUUGCAUUAAAAUGUGUUCCUAAAGCGGUUCAAACUAUCCUUUAGUUGACUAAGAUAAAUCUAAAGUUCUCAAGGUUUCCUCCAUCACAUCAAUCUAGUGAAAUUUGAUUGAGUAAAUGUGUUAAAAGCAACAUUAGAUCACCUUUGUUAAAGCACAGAUUUAGUCAACCGUGCUAUUCCUUCAGUAUUUACAUUCUGCCUAAAAUCUAAACCAACCAGUUGGACUGUUUCUCAAUUAACCUGAAUGUCCUCAAAAACAGACUAUUAUAUUGCUUCACAGAUUAUUUUUGAACAGGCUAUCACGCAAUUUCAAACACUGAAUGGUGUCCCAAUUUCUCCACUGCAAAGUUAUUAUUAACUUUUCAUAAACUUCCCAUUAUCCAUGUUCCUCGUGUGCUGCUUUAAUUCCUUAUUCAUAAACUAUAUUAAUGUGUAUGCGUUCUACUAAACUAUAAAAAGUAAAGACAAAACCAAAGUAGAAUUGUGAAGCGUGAACCAUUUUCUAACAGCUGGUACAUGAUUGUCUGCACCUUGUAGCAUUGUACUAACUUUAAUAGGUGUCAUAUGAAUCAUACGAUGCAUUUUUUGUCAAAGACCAUGCCUCAUAAUAUUACUAAGGGUUUGUUUUCGGUCUCCAAAUUCAGUUUUUGCCAAUAUCCCAUCCACUAGCAUAACAACUUUCUGCAUAUGUUCAUAUGUCCUCUUGCAUAAAAUGUUUGUCGAUUUUCUAAACCCUAUGCAGAGGUUCCUUCUGGUGUUUAUCAAUAUAUUUGGGAAACACUGAUUUCCAAAGCUGUAUUAUCUAUAAAGAGUGGUUACAUAUCAAAUCCCUGUAAAUUAGAUUUUCUUUUAUCAGCCAUACAGCCUGGGACUUGGCCCUAACACUAUUAUUGCUGUGCGAUCUCAAAUCAUAUACUGUUCUUGUGAUUCUUUAUUAAACUAAUUUCAGGAUGUCCUUUUAUUGUAAUAUUUACAGUAUUCAGAAAGCUGUAAUCAUAUAAUUAUACCAUACCCUUAAUUAUGUAUUUCAAUUCCCCCCCCCCACACACACUUGCAUAUAUCAGAGCUGGAUGGUCAUGACAGAGAAGCAUUUUAAUAUCACGUAAGAAAAUCCUCAUCUUGUAACCAACCACAUGAAGAUAAUUCUAGAUAUCUAAUUAACCUGGCUUAUAGCCAAUGUAUCCUAAUGGAAAAAAAGGUAAUACUUGAAGAUCAUGAAUAUAUUGAAAUACUUGAAUAUGACGAUACGAUAAUUGAAGUGCAUGUAAAUGAUCUCACUGAUUUAAUGAGUUUUACUGUAAAUAUUCUAAGUGAUUGUAUGCAUAUUACAAUUUUAGUUUUGUCUUAUUUUGAAAUGAAUGUUAUACUAAUUAAGGAAAGGAAAGGAAAUCUACCCCAUGUCGAAGAUGGUGCUCUAUAUUUAAAAUGUAAAUUGUAUAUAAUGUAAUGUAAUGUUAUUUGUAAAUGCCCAUAAUGUUCUACCCAUUUAUGAAAUGUUCUUAAUCAAAUCCUAUGGCAUUUCACCAUCUUAUACAAUUUUAAAUAAUGUUCGACUGCAACAGGAAAUGUCUAUUAAACCUAUAUUUUGUUACAUAAAUCUUCCAGUUACAUUUAUUCCAAAGUUUUUAUGAAGAAAGAAAAUAUUGUCUUUACUUUAUAUUAAAUGGUUGUAUCAACUGAAUCUUUUGUCAUAAGUAAAUCACAAAAAUAAUGAUUGAGUAAUUGUAAUCUCCUUAUUAAAUCCCGAAAUCGGAUGGAAUAACAGCACAGUAAAAUAACGAAGCCUGUAGUUGGGUAUCCUGCUACCCCCUUAGAGUUAACACAUGCUGCCUCAUGCAAACUGAAACUGCUCAUGUUUUUCAAGUAUUACCUCAGCAGAAAACAAUUCAUCAAUUUAAAGAAUAUUAAUUUGGAAAGCAUAUUAAGGGGCUGGAUUCCCAACAGAGACAUCUCUUUUGUAAUAAUAUAAUCAUAGCAAGACACUUUUGCUAUUUAUAUUGUGAGAUCGUAUUCUGAAAUCAUUGUAGGCCGCGG